AUGGCCACUGCCGCCUUAGCGAGACCUGAAUAUUUUGCGUUCUCACAUGUAAGUAUAUUUUUUUCGAGAAUAUGAGUUUCUACACGAUUUUAAAAGUCGCCAAAAGUUGCGACUUGUGUGUAUUAUUUAUUAAAAUCGAUACAGCGUUUCAGUUAUCAACAGUGGAUCGGUCGGUGCUCAACGUUUGCGUUUCUUGUUUCUAGGAAUAUCGCAAGCCGUCACCAUUGGCUUUAUUAGCCGCUACUUGCAGUCGAAUUGGUCAACCGGGUGCGCAUCGCGAUUACGAAUGUCACGGCAAGUUUGGUGGUGGUGUUUUUCCCGAACUAAGUCAACAUGCAGUCAGUAUGAGCCAAAUUAUGAGCUGCUCAGGAGAGCGGAUGCUUCCGCUUACGCCGCCGACCGAUUCACACUAUUCUCCUUUUCAGGAGUUUUAUCUCUCUGCGCCUCCCAAGAACCAUGUCCAUCAGAAUUUUGCCGUCUCCCAUGGGAGUGCUUCCCGCGGACCUGUCUCCCCUUGCCUGAGCCACGCGUGUCCUGCUUCAAGGAGGAAUGGUCCUCUAUCGCUGGGUUGUCCUGCUACAUUUAAGCCUGAAUGUAAUGAGAUUGGCGGACUUCACUGGUGGAGCGUCGAGCCAAAUAAAACGAUAGUUCGCAGCCCAAUCUCGAACCCUGUUCCACAGAGUCUCGCCCUUAGCUCCGUGGCCGGUACAAGUCACAUUUCCUCCUUGAGCUAUCACGGAAACCCCAGUCCAGCAUCUUACCAUCUAUCAAGUCCAUAUAGCUCGUCAUUGUCUAGCCAAGUUACUAGCACAAGGAGAUGCAGAAGAUGUAGGUGCCCGAACUGUCAAAUCGCGGCUACGACUGGCAACACAAGCAAGCGAAAGCAACACAUUUGUCACAUCCCCGGCUGUGGAAAAGUGUACGGUAAAACCUCUCAUUUGAAAGCGCAUCUCCGAUGGCAUACUGGCGAACGUCCGUUUGUUUGUAACUGGUUGUUUUGCGGAAAAAGUUUCACGCGAUCGGACGAGCUCCAACGGCAUCUUAGAACUCACACGGGAGAAAAACGCUUUCAGUGCGGCGAAUGUGGAAAACGUUUCAUGCGAAGCGACCACUUAAGAAAACAUCAGAAAACACAUCUGAACAAUGUUAAGAAAAGUGCAGAUAAAGCGGACGAGGGAAGCAUGAAGGAAGAAGAAGAAAUCAAGGACAUUUCCAUGGAACUCAAUAUUGAUGUCCAAGAAGGACAGAGACUAGCUCAGAUGAGCAGCGUGCUCGCACUUACUCCGAAACAGGAAGAACACGAUAAGAUGGAAGCUCCCAACGUUGAUAAAUUUAUAAACGUGGAACACUAA